AUGUAUUUAAGCAAGAACAAAAGGGAUGACCUGAUAGAUGACGAACUGCCAAACGAUUUUGUGCUACCGCAGGGAGACAAAGUAAAGGGGGAAAAGUUGUUCAAGAAACAUUGUAAGCAAUGUCAUUCCAUAGCCCCAGAUAAUACUCAAUCCAAUUCAGGAUUCACGAGCUGGGGCCCGUCAUUAUUUAAUGUAUAUAACAGAACAGCUGGCAUGAGCAAGGGAAAUUCACCAUUUCAAGUUUCACCAGACAUGCACAGCUCAGGAAUUAUAUGGAAUGAUUUAAAUUUGAUGAAAUAUAUGAAAAAUCCCAAAGACUUUGUAGAAGCAAAUAUUGGUAUGAACUUUAAAGGAAUUUCCAAUUUUCAAGAUAGGGUUGAUAUUGUUCAUUACUUAAAAACCUUAACAUAUGAUGAUCCCUAUGGUAGGGAAAUUGUGGAAAAAUUUUCCAGAAAAAAAAAAUAA